UGCUCGCCCAUCAGCUGGCUCUCAGCAUCUGUAAGGGCGAAGACAGAGGAGAGGAACUUGCAUCACUUAGGCUCCUUCCUCCUUCCUUCUUUUUGCGCAUCCUUUCCUACUUUUUGCGCAUCCUUUCCUACUUUUGGCGCAUCCUCUCCUCCUUACCCUACCCCCUCGGAUCCGGAUUCGGAGACUGAGGGGAACCCACCUGCCGGAGAUCGGACGCACCUCGGGAUGGAUGCCCUGAAAUCCGCCGGCAGAGCGAUCAUCAAGAGCCCCGGAGUCCCGCGGCACACAUGGGGAACUUCCAAGCACGAAAAGCUGCCGGAAAACUGGACAGACACCAAGGAGACGCUGUUGGAGGGGAUGGUAUUCAACGUGAAAUACCUGGGAAUGACUCUGGUGGGUCAGCCCAAAGGAGAGGAGAUGGCCUCCGCUGCCAUCCGCAGAAUCGUUUCCACGGCCAGGGCCGGUGCCAAGAAGUUUCGUAAAGUAACAUUGACGGUCUCUCCGAAGGGCAUCAUCAUGACGGACACGGAGACCACAGACCUCAUAGAAAAUGUCUCCAUAUACAGAAUCUCGUACUGCACAGCAGAUAAGACUCAGGACAAGGUCUUCGCUUACGUCUCUCAGAGUCCGUUCAACGAGACCCUGGAGUGCCAUGCUUUUCUCUGCCAGAAGAAGAAGAUCGCUCAAGCUGUGACACUAACAGUAGCUCAGGCCUUUAAAGUAGCCCUCGAUAUGUGGGAGAUUGCUCAGGAAGACAAAAACAAAAAAGCCCGGAGCUGCUGUUCCUGUGCAGCAAGCAAAGGGCAGACCCAGACAUCAGACACUCCGUGUGUCCCUGCAGAUCCAGAGGCCCUCAGGCCCGUCGGGUCGGAGGAGAAGCUCCGGAGGCCCUUCUUCUCCGCUUCGCUCAGCUCGCCCUCGCCUCGCAGUAACCCCACUCGAAGGCGACCAAUCAAACACGACUCUUGGGACGUGGACGAUGGCCUCGAUGAUGCAUUCUCAAGCAACAUGGAAGCAGAGGAGAUGGACACCGACUGGCCGAGUCCCGCUCCGAACCCGUCUCUGAGGAUGCAGCUCUGAGUCCCCGCGAGGCCUCCUACAAGAAGCGGAUUCAGUGAGCUUGAAUGACACGUUCUAAAAAAAAACCUGCCCAACCUGGAGCAGCACAGAGAACACGUCGAGCUUCCCGGGUUCACGACCUGAAUCAGCGACGCUCUGCUUAAUCUUCUGUGGAAUGGACGCCUCGAUGUUAUAAACCGCCAAUCAACACGCUGCUGCCGUCUUCUCACUAAAGGCCGGAUGAGGGAAGGACACAAUGUUCAGCGCAGCACUGCAGAUUACACAGAAGAUGAGAGACUCCGUCUUUUAUAUUGAACUCGCUUCACAAAAACGGUUCACUUCACGUGGAAUUUGGUUAAAGAUAUUCUGAGCAACGAGUGUUUUAGAGAUGUGUGUACAUUAAAAGGUUGUCGUCUCUUUCUGAGAGUGUGAAAACUCUGAUGGAAAUCGUCAGCAGAGCCGGUUCAAAUCACCCGUCAUGAUAUUUUAUGUAUUAUUAUUUCAUCUUUCCGCUUGACAUCACUAAGACGCGAUGCCUGUGUUUUGGUGUGGUACCGAUCACGACUAACCCAUUGAAUCUGGUGUGUAAUAUUCCCGUAUAUUCCCAUGUGCUUUGUGUUAGCAAUGUCAAUAGAUCAUAUUUGCAAUGUGAAGGAAACACGGCACGACAGCAGACUUUUCUCCCCCAGAAACAGGCUGACAUUCAUGUAAAAAUGAAUUUCAUCCCUGUCUACAUCAACAUGGCUUUUGAAACCAAAUUACAAUGACUGCUUUACAUUCUUCCGUCUCCUCAAUGCUGCCACUGUACAUAAGGAUGAUGGUGCUGUUACGGAAUAGCAAUGAUGUAAGGUUAAGAGGACACGUGCACGGCAAUGCCGAAUUAUCAGAGUGAAGAAGAAACCUAUUUCCUUAUUCUGUAUUUUUUCAAUAUCAAAGCUGUAUAAUUUAUGUGUGCAUAUGACUAAAAGAAGUAGGAUGAAUAGAACCAGGGCUUCACAACGGUUGUUUUUAUUAAUUAUCCUUGUUGAGAUGUGAAUGUGUACUUGGCUGUGUGUGUUAGGUGAGACAAUUUGUACAAAAUAUAAUCGCAUGUGGGUUUUUUCUUUAAAUCACUGCAGGAAUUGCUUUAUUUUUUCAAUUUAACCCUCAGUAACCAAGUACAGUAUUUAAUUACUAAGUCAUAAUCCUGCCCUAAAUUGAGUAAUCACGUUACAUUGAUCGACACCGUGCACACUUUCUUCUCUUAACGGCAGCCUGUGCCACAAAAAAAGGGCCUUUGUUCCAAAUCUUCUUGUAUAUAAAAUAUUGCUCUGCUUAGACUAGACGUAUUAUUUUUAGAUCACUCUCGGAUGACGUCGGCUGCCAGGGGGAUAUUACAUGUUACCCCGGUCUGUCUGAAGUGGUCCUCUAUCUGUAUUCACGGCAUCGUGUCUCAGCUGGAGGUCGUGUUGUUGUCAUGACACCCGCUGCAGAACGAUUGGGUGGCUCUGUCGGGUUACGCCGUGUGGCUUGAUUGCAUUGUUUUGUUCACGAGUGGCCGACACUCUGCGACACUCAGUCGCAUCUCUGAAAGUGAUCUCCGCCGUUUUGUUGGUGACAAAUAGCCUCCAGUUCGUCUCUGGGGGCCCACGUUUGCAUUUCGGCCAAAACGCACCGUCGUCAGUUUUGCCUUACCUGCAACCUCACGUCUGCAGGUUUCCCAUUCCUGUGUGGAUGCUUCAGAAUCGGCUGAUUCAUGUUUGGAGCUCUCACGCUCAAUGAUGGCUUUCAAUAAACACAACCAACAAACAGGGUUUUGAAGCACAUUUAUUCGAAGGAUAAAUGCCGGAGUUGCUUCUUCACAGUUUAAACACAAGCUACAUUAUUUUCUGGUCUCUGUUAGAUAUUCCCCCUUUGAUACAGUCCUCAGCCAGACUUUGCCCUUUUGAAUUGAUUUUCAUGGAAAAAGGCAGUGUGAUUUUAUUACUCUGGGUCAUAAGUGUAGAAUUGAUCAAUGCCUGGACACACUUUGUCAUGGCGUGAAUUGAUUGGAGUUUUCUUUCAUGUAAGCCGGUAUUCUGAGUUUUCUGGCCGACCUUCCCUUGGAGGUACAACAUGUCGAUUUGAGCAUCGAGUGCACUGAAUACAAAUCAGACUGCGAAGGUUUGAGGGCAGAAAACAUUUGAGGCUUUCAGAAAUUUCCGAUAUCGUCGCCCAAAUUAACUACUGAUGUUUACAGAAUUGCUUUACUUUUCAAAGAAGGUGCUUAUUUUCUAUCUAUGCAAUUAGUGGGUUUUCAACCGCAUUGUGUUAUCAUGAUAACAUCAAUGUGUCUAUAAACCACAUGCAGUUGUCCUGAACUGUGAAAAAAGAAAGAUGGUCAGUACAGAAUUUGGAAACUGUUGGUUAGUUCUAUAGUUAUGCAUAAUAAAAUACUUUGUACAAAUAUUUCAUUGCACUCAACAGUUUUUUUUUCCCCUCUCUAGUCUAGAAUAGAAUUGUUGAAGCCAAAUUUGAGUUACAAGGUUUAUUUCAUGCUGGCUGUAUACGUAGUUGUAAAAAUUGCCUUCAGCAAUGCCCGACAAUACGAUUCCUCUCGUUUAUAGAUCAGAAGUGGUCGUCGUCAUGACGUCACCCAUUGAUCUGCUGUUUUGAUUGGCUGUCACCACCUUGACUUUUUGCGACCAUUGAAUUUAUCAUAUUUUGACCACGGCAGAUUGAUGUAGAGACAUCUUACAUGGCUCUAGUAGUGGAAGCAACCUGUCAAUCACGGUAAGACAUCCUUAUACCGUAACCUGGUUUAUUAUCUUUUUUACUUUAGAGGGUAUCAACAUUUAAUAAAUAGAUAUCCCGAAUUGAACCAGCGAUUCUGACCAUAAACUCAUACUUAAAUUACUUUAUUUCUCACUCUAACUUGUUACCUCGGCAAACGAGGUAACAAGUUAGAGUGAGAAAUAUGGUAAUUUUGUCAUUUCCUUCUGUUAUUGAACCAGAAGCGUCACCUCCUGCUGCCAGAGGAAAGACUAAUUGGAGACACCUGCAUUGGCUUCGUUUUUCAGAAUAAGAGUUUGCCACCUGGCUCAGAUGAGGGUUUUUUUCCUUUCAUAUUUUCAUAUCAAAUUUUGCGUGCUCUGUGAGACGGUUGCGCUGGUUCAGUCUGAUUAAUGUUGGGAGAGGAAUGCAGAUAUAAGUUGAUGUAGAGCCCAUCUGCCUCCUGCUUGUUUUGCUGAUGGAUUUUGCAGAUCUGAGCUCACUGCAAACAGGAUAGUGUAUGUCACGUAGACUCUAAAGGGACCAGUCAAAUGUUGUUUUUAUUUACUGAAUAUUGAUGUGAUGGGCUCUUUUAUUGAUGACCGCUUAAUCCAAUAUCAAACAUUAACAGUCCCAACUCUUGUCCUAAUAUUCUGGUUGGGUGGUAACAUGAAAUAAACGCAGAACUUUUAUGUUUGAAA